CUCACGGAAGUGAGGCAAACAGGCAGCCCCGACUGCUUUUCUUUUAGUAGCGACUGAACGCUCCUGUUGCAUGCUGGGAAUUAUAGACUGUACCAGAGACAGGGGAUCUGAAGGGUUAGGAAAACUGCGACUGUAAGCCGUCUGUUAACCUUCAUUUACAAGAACUACAAGCGCAGGAAUCCCAGAUUCUAGCUUCUGUUUGGAGAUGAGUCCAUGGAAAGGACCUGCAGCAUCUGAACCAUGACAAUUCUCGGCCGAAGUUUAAAGGCGUGACUUUGACCACAGGACCAUGGAUCCAGAGGUGAUCCGGAUGUACUCGUCUUCUCCGCCCCCUCUGGAUGAUGGGGCUGAAGAGGAAGACGAUGAAUUUGGAGAGUUUGGGGGCUUCUCGGGGAUCACCUCCAGUGUCAGCUUGACAGAGUUCAGCACACAGAGAGUGGACUUUGUGCCACAGAACCAUUUCAUGCCUGCCAAGGACUAUUCCAACAACGUUGACAGCUUUGAAGAUUUUGACUCCAUUAGCGUCAGCAAAGACCAGGGCCUGAUUGCAGAGAUUUCUAAACAGUUUGUAGAAACCCGCACCAUCAAUGAAAUCUCUCCAACCUCUAAACCUGCUUCCUUCAGCAUUGAUGGGCCUGCUGGAAAGGAGGGAGUUAAAAGGCCAGUGGACCAGACUGAGUCAGCCACUAGUUCAAAUUCGUCCAUGGCACCGGUCAGCAGUAGAACUGAUGUUAAAAUCCAGCCACACCAAACUCAGAGCUGCAAUGGCACCGUAGUCCCAGAUGCGGAGGUUCUAACAAAUGGGUUUGCAGCAUUUGAUAUACCAGGGAAGCAGGCCAACAUAAUUAACUCAAAGGGACAGAAAGAGAUCACUGAGGAGCUAAGUUUAGAUUCCACUUCUAGCCCCUCAAAUGAAUUUGCGGACUUCUCAGCCUUCCCAAAAGCUGACGCUUCUGAUAAUUGCAUUCAGACAAUGAAACACAUGGAGGACUCAAGUGAAGGAAAAACACUGACUUGUCCAGUCAGCUUUGUGACAAACAGUGUUAAUGAACUGAACAUUCCAAAGGAAGAGCUUGCUGGGGUAAGCUUGGAAAAUGAAGGUGUCAGAGACACUGACAGCACUGGGUCAGAUCUACUUGUUGAUGGCAUUAGCAAUGGGGAGGGGGACUUGGAAACAGUGGUGGAACCUAAACCAGUUACUUGUAGAAUGCAGCAAAAAGAAACUGCAACUGUAUAUCCGGACAAAGAAGUUACAUGUCGGCCUGUAGCACAGAAUGGCCAAGAAGAAAUAGGAGCUCUAGAAUCAGGUGUUUGUGAAAGCAGUGUUUUACCCUCUGUGGAGGGCAGUACAGAAGCCGAGCAGCACCAGCCAGUGGACAAUGAGGUGGGGGAGAAUGGGGAGUUGGGAGACUCUGCCCCCCCUAGCACCAGUGUUUCAGUGAGUGAAGACUUUGCUUCUUUCUGUCAAGCGGCCUCUCCAGAUGACCAAGAUGGCUUUGGAGACUUCGGCACAACCAGCAUCACGUCAUCUCGGCUUAUGUCCAAGGAUGUGCCGUCCUUGAGCUUCAAUCCAGAGGAACCAGAAGAGCAUUUUGCCACGUUUGAAGAACUGAGCUCUGAUGAAGACUUUGGAGAUUUUGGUGAGGUUAGGGAUUCCAGCAAGCAGAGUUUUGCUGAUUUUAACCAGCCCAAAGUGGACACUGCUUUACUGGAUAAGCCUGUUGACUCUAAAAGUGAAAGUGAGUUUGCUGAUCUUCCACCACAGAAAGAAUUGAAAGACGAAUUGAAAGAAGGCUUUGGUGAUUUCGAUUCUACCCCGAAACCAAAAGAAAGUGAGUUUGCUGACUUCCCUGGCAGCGACAGUUUUGCAGACUUCAGCUCUGCUACAGGGAGCCAAAAUGCUGAAUGGAACGCUUUUGGGGAGCAGCAGAGUCAGAGCAAAAGCACGUCUUGGGCUGCUUUUGGGGAGGAACAGACUGCAGCCUCCAUUGAAGGAGAUGUUUGGCAGACCAGCACUGGGGUCACUGCACCAACUGCAGGCAGCCCACAGAUCAGCAGGAAGGAAGUUGCUGCCUUCGCUUCAUUUCAGGGUACAGAAGACAUAGGCUCAAAUCUGGAAACAGAGCCUGCUCUGCAACAGGCAUCUUUGGUGAGUCGCCUGGAGCUGGUGUUCCAAGCCUGUUUUCCUUCAGCCCCAGUCCUCAGAGCAGAUGAAGAGAUCCCAUCCCUAAAGGUAUUUCUGGAGCCAGAAGAGCAUCGGUUGAAAAAAGCACAAGCCUUGGCACAGCAUGGUGAGCUGCUAGAAGUGUGGACGGAGCUGCAAGAUAUCCAUGAUGCCUAUGGUCUGAGAUACCAGUGGGGUGGCUCCCACAGCAACAAAAAGCUGCUCUGCUCACUGGGGAUCGAUACCAGGAACAUUCUGUUCACAGGCCAGAAGAAGCAGCCUGUUAUAGUACCCAUGUACGCAGCUAGUCUGGGUAUGCUAGAGCCCACCAAAGAACCUGUGAAACCAGUAUCGGCUGCAGAGAAGAUAGCUUCAAUUGCACAAACCCCUCCUGUGUCCCCAGAAAUGAACACUUGUACACAAGAUCAGACCCAGGAAAACCUCCCUCCUGUCCAGUUUGACUGGAGUAGCAGUGGCCUUACUAACCCUCUAGAUGCUAGCGGAGGUUCCACUCUUCUGAACCUUGAUUUCUUUGGGCCCGUGGAUGACACUAGUUCUAGCAGCACCACCAGUAUCCCAGGUGUGGACCCUGAGCUGUAUGAAUUAACAACCUCUAAACUGGAAAGCUCCAGCACAUCCAGUCAUGUGGCUGAUGCAUUUGCAAGACUCAUGUCUACAGUAGAGAAGACAAGCACAUCUGCAAGGAAACCUAAAACGGAUGAGAACCUUAGUGAAGAGGCUGCCAAGGUGAUCGCCAGCCUCCCUGACCUGUUCUUUAUGCAAGCCAAGGUGCUGAUGUUUCCGACCACAUUGACACCUCUGACUUGUUCACAAGAACACGCAGACUAACCUCUGCAGCAAGCUUGACUUUUUUAAAAAAUAUAAUUUUAAUAAAAUCCCAAAUUACCGGCUUCCUUAAAUUGAAACAUACACGUUCACAUGAAUUGUUGUUCAGCAUCUCUGUAAAGGUAUAAAUACAAUAAGAAAAUGUAUAUUUAUUUAUUUAUAUACCUGAAGUCUUAAAAGUUCUGUUUAUAUUCGAAGAAUCAAUCUGUAAAUAAUCAGAGUGAAGAUUUUUUUUGAAGAUCUGAUAAUUACUAUUCAUUUGGUUCUUUCUGCCGUGCUGGGGGUGUAAACAUUUCUGUCUUUGUGAGAUAACACUGGUUGAGUCCUUCAUGGAAGGCAUGAGAAUAAAACAAACAAACAAAAAAAAAAAACAACAGAACUUGAAAGCCUCACUGCCUGCUAUAUCCAGGUGAAUGUUUUCCUGUUGUGUUAAUUGUUGUUGGUUUCUUUUUUAUGUCGAUUUUUAUUUUUAUUUUUUUUAAACUGCAAAACUUACACAUUCUGUCUUUUUUGGUGUUUUUUUUGUUUGUUUGUUUUUGUUUAAAAGAAUAUUAUUUAUAGGUAGUGGCUGCCUUUUCUUACCUUCUCCCAAAAUUACUAACUACUUUUAAGAUACCUUUUUAUUUUAUGGUUUGAACCACUGAUAUAGAAACAAAAUAAUCAAAUGUGAGUAGUUUCUAGUGAUAAUCAAAUUGAAUCAAUCACAGGGAAUGAGGGACCAGUAAUAGCUUCAAAGUCGGGUUAAAAGCUGAUAUGUUACAGGUGUUUUUUUCUGUUUUCUUUUACCACUGUACUUAUUUUAAUGAGGAUUUUGCACAUUGUAAAGAUGAGAUGGAUGUAAUCAUAGUUCGCUGUGGUUUUAAACUGUGUACAGUAAAACUAUGGACUGUAAAUGUAUGGGAAAAUUCCUAUGGAAAAACAAUACACUGAAGAGCCUGUCAAAAGGUUAAAAUGCAUGCCCAGGUUCUUGUGCGACUUUUGUGUGUACAUUUACUUUUAGUGUACACAAAAAAAUAAAAUUAUUUAAGAGAAA